GGUAGGCCAAGGACAUCCUUGGAUGAGAUGCAAUAUGCAAAGGUACCUGUUGAGCAACCGGCAAGCAACUGGAGCUAUCCCCCGAGAUAUGAGACUGUAGUACCUCAAAUCAAAACAAAGACUGUAGUAGACAGGGAUUUCAAUCUAGCAAAAGUGGUUGACUACCUAGCUCAUGAUGUUGGCGGCAAUUCUUUCUCAAAAACACCAGAGUCAAAGCGUAAAGGAGAUGAGAGAAAGAGGGAAGGCGAGGAGAAGCAGAAACGUGUCCUGAAACCUGCCAUGGCGGUUUCAGGAGCACAAACUGAAAAUGCCUCCAUCAAAUAUGCGCUCCUCUGCUUCAGACAAAGAGCUCAGCAAGCUUGCAGAUGUGCUUUUUGGAGCUGACACAAUUCUGGAAUCUCCUGAAGAUAUGUUACAUGAACAAGACAAAAGUCCACUCUCAGACAGCGGCUUUGAGACAAGGAGUGAAAGGACUCCCUCAGCACCUCCAAGUGCAGAGGGAAUGGGCCCUAAAGCCCUUUUUCAGGACAUUCCCAUUCCUCCAGUUAUCACAGAAACUAGAACUGAGGUUGUUCAUGUAAUCAGGAGUUAUGAGUCCCCAGAAGAUAAUAAUUCAUCUGCAAUGGAUGAUCCCCAUAAUGUCAGGUACAUUGAUUCUGAAGCCAAAGGGCAUUCAAAUAAAAACGCAUCAUCGCCAGAUCAGAGCAAGGCCUAUACAUUGAAAAUCAGCCCGGAGGAGGAUCCAAUGGGGAAAGGAAUGCGAGUGAAAGAGGAAACUCAUAUCACAACCACAACCAGGAUGGUAUACCAUAAACCUCCAGGCAAAGAGGUACCAUCAGAGAGAUGUGAGGAGACUAUGUCUGUUCAUGAAAUCAUGAAAGCAUUCCAGUCAGGUAGGGACCCCUCUAGAGAAAUUGCUGGACUUUUUGAGCAUAAAGCUGGUAAUGAGGAGGCUUCACAUAGAGUAUUGGAGGGCAUUAACUCUAAACCCAAGGUUGAAAGAAUUAUUGAAGUUCACAUCGAGAAAGGCAACCAUAAAACUGAACCCACUGAGGUCUUCAUCAGAGAGACUAAGAACCAUCCAGAGAAAGAAAUGCACUUCUAUUCUGGAAACAGGCAGCAAGAUGAGGUUGAGGAAUCAAAUCCAGCCUAUUUUGAUUCUUCAAGAGUAAACACACCAAUGUCGCAGGAGGAAGACAGCCGCCCAAGUUCAGCACAGCUCAUCGCAGAUGACUCCUACAAAACCUUGAGGCUACUUAGCCAGCAGUCAGUAGAGUACAAUGAGGAUGAGUCUUCAGAGCUUAGAGGAGGGUCCUAUAACUUUGCAGAAAAAAUGCUCCUCUCUGAGAAACUUGACAAAUCUCAUUCUGACACAGAGGAAUACCUCAGAGAUAGGUCUCACUUUCACUCACCAGAUCGUACCAAUAAUUCAGAGGGUCGACCGAGUAGUCCAAGAACAGAAUAUGUCUUCAGGUCAUCGAGAAAUGUGUUUGACAAAUCGGGUAGAAUGGCUAAUGUUGAGGACAACUUUGACAAACUGACACUUUUGCAGUAUUCUUCUGAGCCUGGUAGCCCAAAGCACUCUGUUUGGAUGCGAGUGUCAGAUGACACAGAACAUAAAAACAGAGAGCAAAUCAUGUAUGAAGACAGAGUUGACAGGACUGUGAAAGAGGCAGAGGAAAAACUCAGUGAAGUGUCUCAAUUUUUCCGUGACAAAACAGAAAAGCUUAACGAUGAGCUUUCGUCUCCAGAAAAGAAGUCUCGUCGAUCAGAUUUCAGGGAAACACGAUCCGGGCCUAGCUCCACACAUAGCAGUCCUGAGCGGUCAGGUUACAGGAAUGGAGGUAGUGGGGAAGAAUGGAGUAGAGAAAGGCUCAGAGAGAGAUUCAACUCCAGUGAUAGAAAAUGUGCCAGCUUACCAAGCAGCCCGGAGAGGAGAGUUCUUUUACAGUAUACUGAUUCCAACAAAAUGCAACAGGGAGAUGCAUCGUCACAGGGUAGCACAGGUGAUUCCCCCAAGCCUUUUCAAAUGUCAUCUUCCAAAGUUAGUGCGGUGAGGCUCAAGUUUGAACAAGAGGCCCAGAAGCAAGAACAGUCUCCUCAACGGGUACCAAAUUCAAAUCCUCCAAUUAGAAAGCUACAGGAAAGUAAGCUGCCUGUAUAUCAGGUUUUUACUGGUCCCAAUGUUCCUAAAGGUGCAGAUAGUCCAGGGAUCCAGAGAAAAGGACUCGCUGGUGAGCCCAACUCUCAUGACUCUAGUGAUAAUGAACCAGAGAACAUAUUCAAAACAUGGGAGAAACGGGGAAAUGGGAACUUUCAACCCCAAUCACCAAAAUUAUCUAGUGCCAUGAUUCAUGAUGCCAUCAAAGAUGGAAAUAAUCAUGACUCACAUAUACAGGAGACCACCAAGAAAAUUAUCUACACAGAACUUGUAGUGCGGGACAACCCAAAUAGUAAUAGCGGUCUAAAAAAAAACUCGGAAUCACAAAUUCCUGCUAAAAUAUCCUCUGAAUUCUUAGAGAAUUGCCAAUCCACUGUUAAAUCAUGUACUUCGGUUGGGUCUCACAUACCUACUUUAGCUAGAAAUCGGUCGCAAAGUGGCUCUGAAACCAUUACAUCACCCAGUGGAUCGCCAGUCAGAAAAUCGACUGAUAUAUUUGAAGGUAGCCAGUCAAAUGUAGUGUGUAAUGGUGUUGAUAGUGACCAGAUUGAGUAUUUGGCUAAUGUUACUCCUGUUGUUGUCACAGAGAAAUUUAAAGAUAUUAAACCUUUACCAGUUUAUGUUAGCAUCCAGGUCGGAAAGCAAUACGAGAAAGAAACAGCAACAGCGCAGCUUAGUACAUACAAAAAGAUUGUAAGUCAUGAAAGUAGGACGGUGCAUGAGACUAGGGGGGCUUUUUACUCUGUCAAGCAAAAGCAGCCAUCAUCUCAAGGUAGUGAGGACACUAUAGAACAGGUAACAACCUAUGUGGUGGACAGCUCUGUUAAUAGUCCCAUCACCUUUGAGACCCCCAGCUCGGAUGACUAUGUGAUGGCCGCUAUGACCGGUGUGCAAAGCCCAGUGCCAGAGGAAUCUGAAGAAGAGGAAGCACAGACCUUCAUCUACAAGGAGCCUCAUACUGAAAAGAGCAAGCCAUCGUCCUCUGAUACUGCCCUUAAAAAACAAGACGCAGCAAGACAAAAGUCAAAGUCAGAGAAGAGAUUAGCUUACAUUGAGUUUCCUCCUCCUCCUCCUAUAGAAGCAGGGCAGUCUGAGCCUCCAAAGAAAGGGUCUUGUGUCUCCUCCGAGGCAGAGACGGAGAUGAUGGAGGUGAAUCUCCAAGAAGAACAUGAUAGGCACCUCCUUGCCGAGCCUAUCAUCAGGGUCCAGCCUCCCUCGCCUGUUCCCCCUGGAGCUGAUGACAGUGACUCCAGCGAUGAUGAGUCCGUGUUUCACCCAAUCCCCCUCAAAAAGUACACCUUCAAGAUGAAAGAGGAGGGAGACAAACUUCUUAAGCCCAAAAAGGCGGAGAAAAAUGGGAACAACAACGGUAAAGACGUCAACUGCGUUGUGAAAGGAGAGGAGCUUGACUUUGAGUCAAAUGGAAACGACCAGUCCAUCACUGACUGUUCUAUGGCCACCACUGCAGAGUUCUCCCAUGAUACUGAUGCCACCGAGAUAGACUCUUUAGAUGGGUAUGACCUUCAGGAUGAGGACGAUGGAUUGAGUGAGGAUCCCAAAACAUCUAGUCUAUCAAUGGACUGCAAAACGACCGACCGCUCUUUUAGUCAGUCCAAGCUUGAGGUCAUAGAGGAAGAGAAGUGCGAAGAAGGAGGGGAUAGUGGAAAAGCAAAGGCCAGCACGUCAGAGCAAGGUGAUGGCGAGGAGGUUGAUUACACCCUUGAGGGAAGACACCCAGACAGGCCGCACUUUGGAGAGAAUUACUUCGGCUACCAACUUGAAGAGGAACUGAACUCCACCUUUAAAACUGUCGCCACAAAAGGCCUUGACUUUGAUCCCUGGUCAACCAAAGGGAGUGACAGUGAUGGAGUUUUUGAUUCCAAAGCAAAAGAGGAAGACCCCAAGCCCUUUGGUUUAUCAGUGGAAGACAAGUCUCAGGCCACCACACCAGACACGACGCCAGCUCGAACUCCGACUGACGAGAGCACACCGACUAGCGAGCCAAACCCCUUUCCCUUCCACGAGGGGAAGAUGUUUGAGAUGACGCGCAGUGGUGCUAUUGACAUGAGCAAGCGGGACUUUGUUGAGGAGAGGCUACAGUUUUUCCAGAUUGGUGAGCAUUCCUCUGACCCUAAAACAGGGGAGAAGGGGAGAGGGGGCCCGAUCCUGGGGGUGGUUUCCUCUCAAUCCACAACAGGGGAGAGGGGCACGGUAGAGGGGAAGGUUAUAGACACUACCACAGACAGCAGCAACAUACCAACAACACCAGCAGCGACAGCCGCAAAAUGCAGCCCUGCACAGACCGCCAAUGGCACUAGCACCGGCUGUACCGGCACCGAUGCCCCCAGCGGUGAAGCCGUAGCCGAACCUCCCUCGUCUUGCACGAUUACAGCCUCUAAGGUCGAUUCAAAAUUGCGUACCCCCAUUAAAAUGGGCAUAGCGGCCUCCAUAACUGUGAAAAAAGACUCAGGGGAACUCCCCGAUGGUAAAGCUGCGGUGGCAGAGGGUCAACUAGUGCCAGAGUACAUCAGCAUAGAGGGUCACAGAGCCGAGGGCCAGCCUAGCGGAUACACCGAGGCCAAGGUAGAGAGACAGGAUUACCCUGCCGAGAACAGCAACAACAACAAUAAUUUAGAGUCCUCCAGUGUUCAAGCCAACUACAUUGAAUGUGGCAGUGUGGUGUUUAACUUGCAGUCUUCCUCUCAGCCCACCCUGCAAAAAGCCAGCAGGAUAGAAGCCCUAUGCUACUCAGAGACAGUGGAAAAGAGCAGUUGUAAUCAGACAGAGGAGACCAAGAGUCAAACAGUUAGGGAAAGCGAAGCCAAACAGCCAAAAUCUAGACUUCCGGUGAAGGCGUCAGGGUGGUCCUUCCACACACAGGGGACAGCCAUAGGAAAGCAGAAGCCAAAACAAGUGGUGAAGGCUGAGGUCAGGAAGAGAGCUGAGCCGGCGGUUGCCAAAGUAGAACCCAGGUCUAGGAUACCAAUCAAGGGUGUGAAGAAGAGCAGCGCUGCCUGCUCCCUCACGUCAGCUCAGGUCACCUCCCAGCCUACAAGGGUCUUAGCCACAGAGAGGGGAGCCAUACAGUUGCCCUCGAGACUACCACUGAAGGACAAGAUCCAGGUCAACCGAGAGCAGACAGCGGGUAGACAGGACAGGCAGGAGAACCCUAGCGAGCUCUGUAAGCGCAGCAUUGAGUACUUUAAGGGCCUUAGCGGGGAGACCCAAAAGCUGAUGGACUGGCUGUCAGACGAGGAGAAAAAGACGCAGACAGAACAGUCGGAGCAAGACAGCACCUCCCGGAGCACCUCUCUGUCGGAUGCCUCCCAGCCUUCCCAGCCCUCCCAGCCCUCACGCUCAUCCAGGUCUGGUAGAGGUUCGAGGGCUGAGGCCGGGGCCGCGUCCGUUAGGGCAAAGGCGGCAGCGACGGACAGGGCCUCCGGCAGUGAGAGGAGCAGAAGGAGUAGGCGGACUGGUGGGAAGGAGGGCAGUCAGGGACUCACGGGGUCUCGAGCGCCCCCCGUCGCGGAGAUCAAGCCUAGUCCCCAAAGCCCCUGCGAGCGAACAGACCUGCGGAUGGCCAUCGUCGCUGAUCACCUGGGUCUCAGCUGGACAGAGUUGGCACGGGAGAUGAACUUCACUGUGGAUGAGAUCAACCACAUAAGACUAGAUAACCCCAACUCUCUGACAGCACAGAGCUUCAUGCUGCUAAAGAAAUGGGUCAGCCGGGAUGGGAAAAAUGCCACAACGGAUGCCUUAACUGCAGUGCUGACCAAAGUCAAUCGGAUGGAUAUUGUGACUUUACUGGAGGGCCCGAUAUUUGACUAUGGUAACAUUUCAGGCACAAGAUGUUUUGCCGAUGAUAACGCGGUUUUCCGGGAUCAGGCUGAUGAUUAUCAGAGUAUCCUAGCGGAGCUGCAGUCCCCCGCCACACUGCACUCCGACCCCCACUUCCUGGAUCCCGAAAUCCCUGUCACACCCAACCCCGCCCUCUCACCCCAUCCUCACCAUCACCAUCACUACCCGGCCCCCGACCCCCCCGCGCCGGGCCAGUGCCCGUCCCAGUCCCCGCCCCUGCCCUGGAGCCCCGAGGCGGGGCCCUUUAGCCGGGAGUCCGGAGAGAGUAGCCCCCCGAGGCCCAGCGAGCUCACGCUGUCCUUCCCGGCGUUUGUGCUCCCGGAGCCGCUCCCCCGAGCCGUCAGGAAGCCCCACAUCGCUCUGAACGACCGGCUGCUGCUGAGCGAGGAGGAGGAGGACGGCGGCGGCUUUCAGGACACGCCCCUCGACCACCGGCCCAAGAUCAUCUGCUCCCCGGAGAGGAGCGACAUCGAGAUGGCCUUCUCCACGUCCUCCCCCUCGCUGUCCUCCAUGUCCUCCAUGACGUCCUCGUCUCCCGAGAAAGUAAAGAGGGCGGAGGGCGAAGGGCUGGUAGGUCUGACGUUCUGGGGGUCGGAGCACGAGAGGCUUAACCGGGGCAUAGAGAAUGUGACCAAGAAGCUAGAGGAGGUGGUAAAGAAGCGCGCUGCGGGGGUAAAGCAGGUCACUCUCGCCGAAGAGGAAGAGGAUGAGAGUGAGCCUCCUCGUGUGACGGAGACGCUCGAGGAGGCUUUGAAUAGACAGAGUGAGGCCGGGCUGCAAAGGCCUGGCUGGGGCACCUUAGGGGAGAUGGGCGCAGAGAGGGCUGGGUGUGUAGAGGAGGGGGCGAGGGGUGGGAAACUUGAGGCGGGUGGAGAAUGUAGCAGCAGCGGAGCGGCAGAUGUGUCCGCGGGGUGGACAGAGGCACAGGAUGUGUCGGUCAGGCAAGAACACCCGGUGGAAAUACCGCAGCAGCCUGAAGAAGACCUUACCGGCGCAGAAGCUGAAAACGAGACAGUGGUAGAGAACACAGAGGGAGAUGGGAUCGCACGUGAGCAGGUGCACCGAGGGGAAGACGCCCAGGUACGGGAUGGGGGGAGUGAGCAGGUGGAGCAGAGUGGAGAGGGGGACAUCCAGGUAGGUUAUGGCGGCAUGGAGGGAGACUGUGUGGGAGGGAGGCCAUCGGAGGCAGGGGAGGCUGAGCCAGACCCUCCCCUCCAGCCCUGGGCGGAGGCGUUGGUGGAACACCAGCCCGUCGAGUCUGAUUCCAACGAAGAGGAGGAGAACGGACGAGUGGACGAGGUGGCGUCCGAGGAGGUGUCUGAGGAUGUGUCUGAGGAGGCGCUGGGAUCUCUUGCGGAGGAGGUGAAGGGAGGAGGCUCAGAGGAAGAGGAAGAGGAGGAGGGCGAGGAAAUGACCGAGGCAAGGGUUCAGGAGAUUCUCAGGCAAGUGGAACAGGCAGAAAAAGAUCUUCGGUGUUCACUUCCAGGUUGGCAUAGUGAUACGUCCAGCGUCCGUGUGGAGCCGCCGACGCCAGGCCGCAGCCUCAGCUCAGACCUUCUGGACAGACACGAACCCAGCCAAGAAAUCUCCAGCGACUCCAUCACUUCCUCAUCCAGAGGCGAAUCAGGGCGGUCCCGACACAACGGUGACAAAUCACAGCAUUCGCCCAAGGAAGGGACCCGAGAUCCAGCCAAUGGCAGGAGGACAGAUGGAACACCAGUGACGGAGAGAAAAGCCCAGCAAUUCAGCAGUGACCCAGAUGAGGAAAGAACAAUUACAACCAAAAUCAUCCGGCGUCGGGUCAUUCUAAAGGGAGAUCAAGCUAAGAAUGUUCCAGUUGAAUCGAUGACGGAGGAGCAUUUUAUCGAUGAGGACGGUAACCUGGUCACUAGAAAAGUCAUCCGAAAAGUCAUCCGACGUGUGACUUCCCCCAUACCGGAGAACCUGGGAGGGGCCUCGGCGCUGUGGGAUCAAGCACAGUGCUGGCAUAGCUCCCUGUUGCAUAUGGAUGAUGAGCAGGCGGAGGGGACCAGGAAUGGCAGGAGAAAGGACGAGAAGAAGCUGAACUCGUAGUGAUGGUGGUCUUCUGUUAGGUGGGAAGAAAACCAUGUGACAUGUUUCCCGAGAACAAGAGGGUGCUGGAGUGCUCCACUGGUUGAGCUUCUCCUCCUUCACUGGCUUUGAACAGAGCCAGAAGAAGCCUUGUUCCACUUCAGCAUGCAUAUGGGAAAACAUGCACUUCCUGUCAAUCAACAGACCUGGAGGUCCCUCCCUUUCCUGUCUGUGGAGCCGAGGAAGAUGGUUCUCCUUCCUUCUUUGUUCUACUCCGUAUGUGCCAUUGGUCCAAUGGUGUGUUUUGGGGGCUUUUCUGGAGUGCUGUUUGAUUGUACCAACCGAAUAAAACGAAAGACAGAAAUGUCACAACAACAACAACCACAACAACACUGGUGCAACCGAACUUGUACUUCCUUGUGUCCAAAUAUGGCACAAAAUGCUCCAGUGGUGGAAGAAAUGUAGGAAGUUUGUGAGACUAUCACGCAAAACAGAACACCUCUGACACUUCAACACUCGCCUUAUAGUUUUUUUCUUGGACCCAUUAUUAUCAGGAUGUAAAUUGUUUGGGUUGUUUUUUUUCCCCUUUCUUUUUAAAAACUGAACUUAGACGAUACUUUUUUCUGUACAUAAAUUUACAACGUGUAAAAUUCUUAAGAAAAAAAGGAUAAGCUACAGGUAGAGAAUGCACUGAGAUGAGCUAACUUUUCAAGUGCUUUCAAAAUUUAUUGAAAUGGUUCCACUUUUAAGGAAGAUUUGAGUGAAAUUUCCACAUGUUCUUGUACAAUUAAUUAUUAUAGCAGGUAUAAUGUUUGUAUAUGAAAGAAGCUGAUUCAAUUUUAACAGGAAAAUUUCCACACACAAAAAAAGCAAAUUUCAGUUAUUCCCGAUGUGGGAAUGGAUUAAAUCCUUUUAGAGUAUUCAUAUUUUCAUGCAUGCUGUUCACAUUAUUUUGAGUACAAUUUUUACAAGUUUGCAAACACUGUAUUCAAAAUUAAAUAUAAAUCCCUUUAUCCGUGUAGACAUAUAGCCCUAAAAUUUGUCACCAAUUUUAUAUUUUCGAUUUCAAAAUGAUACCAUUAAAUCAUUGGUCAUGUUUGGGGAUGAGUAAACCAUACAAAGAAAAAAUACGUUCUAUCGCUUCUUGAGGGUCUAAUGUCUUGUCUGUCUAUGUUAAACGGAAGGGCAGCUUCUGCUACAGGAAAGAAAUCAGCUGAAUGUAAAUGCUAGUAGGCUGGCUCGCUGUUAAAUUAUAACUGUGUUGUGUGUAUUGGCUAUAAGGUGUAGGAGUCUCUGUCCACUGUUAAACUGUCUGUGUAGCAGUGUGUUGAGUUUGGUUUUCAAAAGGCUGCUGUGGUAUUCAAUGAAAAACUGGGGCAUUUGAUUUUGGUAUUUCCUUUGUUACAAACCUACACACAUUAAGGACACAUAAAGGCAUUUUUUUGAUUGUAGCUGAAAGUUAGACAAUUGUAUGACAACACACUGGAUGGUCAAAGCAAUUAUUUAAGCAUUGAAUAAAUUGUGUUUAACUCUAAAACUGUGUGAUCCUUUUAGACUUGAGCGUUUGUACAUGCAGUGACGAAUAGAAUUGUUUUCAAUAAGUCAUUGGCAAAUCUUACUUUGCAUUAGGCACUAUUUUUUGUAUUGGUUUUGAAUAGAUGCCCAUGUAGUUCAAGUGUGAUGUUCUACUGGUGUGUUGCCUCAGACUUUAGUGUGCAGAUGUUUAUGAUGCCGACAUGAACAACUAUGUUAAGGACUUUGAUUUUAUGCAAAUGAAGUUAAACUAGUUUGUCGUGUCAAAAUCCCCUUUUCCUGUUAUGUCAAUCAUGGGGGAGGGAAUCCUUUGAUAUGGUUUAACAAAUAACUGUCCAUUUUGUUUAAUAUGUGUUUUCACCAGAACAGAUUUUUCAAUGUACAAUUCUUACUAACACAGCCAUUGAAAUGUAACUACUUAGCACUUUGGGUUUUCAAUCUUCUUUUAGAGGCUAUAGCAGAUGGUUCCAACACAAAUGUUUUAGACAUCUUUAAAAAAACUAAAUUAAAAUAAACAAAAUAAAAUGCAUUGUCUUUGAAAUCA